CUCAAAGACACAUUAACGGCUUGUACCAAGUAAAGCUCAAUACAUCCAGUUGAUGCCAUUUGCAGGCCAGCAGUGGUUAUCUACCCAUAAACCCCAGAGUCCGUAUCGAAUCGAAGCCGCGCACGCGCCGAGGCUUACUCCACUUCAAUUGUCCCCACCCCCUCCAACUCAGUGGGUGCUACUCUAUCGAGAUGAACUAUCAAAGGCCCCCUUUUGAGCCCUUGCAGUUCGUCCCCGCACGAGACAGGGAGACGAUGCUGGAUCUUCCAAUUCGGGGGGUUGAUGUCAUCGCCCAUGACCCGCUUGAAAAUGGCGGCAAUUACUGGUGCUUUUAUCUCAAUAUUACGGAUACUACGUCGGUGCAGCUUGACAUGACUCCGUCCUACAGUAUCCCUGGUGUCACAAACCCCAACGGCAGUAAGGGCUUUUUGAUCAUUAGCUAUCUAGAGCACGCUGUUCCAGUAUCGACUACGGCACAGAAAGUCGUGCGAAUGGAAGCUCGCCCUGGCUGCAGAGCGCGAGAUUUCCUCAACUUAAUACUGAGCCAGAAGCGUCAUCAAUAUGAGUUUAACUUUGCAGGAGAAGGCUGCAGGUUUUGGACCACCCAGCAAAUUAACCUCUUUGAGGCAUCUGGAUUUCUCAUCAACCCUUCCCAGGUUGAAGCCGCGAGAGACGCUAUUCUGACGAAGUGGCCCAGUGGAGUCGGGUACCCUCUUUUGGUUGGCACCUACUAUCCCUGACGGUCGUCUAUCCAUGCGCAUACCUUGUGGAUGUAUUCCUCUGCGAGUUGUGCAAAGUAAAG